AUGACAGGUGCCCAGAAUUGUGAACAAAGUCCCCCAUUACGUUCACAAAACAAUGAUAUCCCAGCUUUUAUCACGUUUCGCAAUAUAUCGUCGAGAAAAGUUGACGUUUAUUGGCUAGAUUACAAAGGGCAAAAAGUGAAGUAUAUGGAGAACUUCUCAACGGACCGAAAUCAUCAUAUAAACACAUAUGUAACUCAUCCGUGGAUAGCUAGAGAUGCCGUGACCCAUGAUGUUUUAUUAUUUAAUGGUAAAGAAGUUUAUUUUCCUCAAGCUUGGGAUGGCAGAAGUGAAAGAACCAUGAUUAAUAUUCAUAUACCAGUUUUUAAACUGACCAACAGAUGUAUUCAAGUAUUAAAAGACAGUUUCCCUGAACAAGCCAUACCAGAGUUUGAUAUACCUAGGACAUUGAUAGAGGACAUGAUUCAUAAACCAAAUAUACAGUUUGAAGACAGUCCGUAUUUAUUGAAGGAAUCAGGUACUUAGCCAAGUGUGUUACUAAAGGUGAUAAUAAGUAUAAUAUUUGUCAAAGUGAAAAACAAUGUCAAAUAUAUGAAGUCAACUAGGAAUGCCAUGACUGAAAUUUGUGUUUUUGGUGAACUUAUCUGUAGAUAUGUCUAUAAGCUUAUCUAAGUGGAAAUAUAUAUUGAAGUUUUUCACGGAAAUAUAACUAUACUAUUCACAUACAUAUUUUAAUUGUCCACGCAUUUUCACAGACCAGUUAUAUUUAUCUAGCAUGUAAAGAAAGUCUAUAUUGGUCUCUAAAAUUACAGAAAAUGGCUAUAAUUCUU